AUGAAGGUGGCCCAGGUGGUGUGCCGGGAGCUGGGCUGCGGCGCGGCGCUGGCCAUCCCCGGCAGUGGCCGGUUUGGGGCGGGAACGGGGCCGCUGUGGGAGGGGGGGUUCAACUGCAGCGGCACCGAGCCCCUCCUCAGCACCUGCGCCCGACGGGUGCCCCACAGCCAGGGCUGCGCUGGCCACGCCACCAUCAUCUGCUCCCCCUACACGGGCUUCCGGCUGGGGAACAGCAGCUCGGGCUGUGCCGGGAGGGUGGAGGUGGCGGUGAGGGGCACGUGGGGGUCCGUCUGUGCCACCGACUGGGACCUGCCCGAUGCCGACGUCCUGUGCCGCCACCUGGGCUGUGGCCACGCCAUCACCGUGCCCCCGGGAGGCUCCUUCGGCAGCGGGGACGGGCCGCUGAGGCCGGACGCCUUCGGCUGCAGCGGGAGCGAGCGGCACCCGGGCGAGUGCCCCGUGGCGGUGCUGGGGGAGCCCCCCUGCACCCCGGGGAACGCCGCCGCCAUCAACUGCUCAGGUCUGUGUGGCACCAGUGGGAAGAGCCUCCAAGGGCUUUUGGGACACCCCAGGAACUGGGAGCGGAGCACUCAGGGCUGUUUUGGGGUGAGAGGAGGGCUGAACCAGGUGCCACAGCCCCACGGCACUGCUGGUGAUUUUUCAGGCACUGAAGACACCAUCAAUUCCGUGCGGCUGGUGGAGGGUGAGAGCCGGUGUGACGGGCGGCUGGAGGAGGCCAUAACCACCCCAGCCUGGCGCCGUGUGCCUGAGGAGCAGUGGAAGAGAUGGGAUGUCAACAUGGUGUGUGCUGUGCUGGGUUGUGGCCUGCCAAAGGAGAUCUACACAGCCUUGGCUAUGGCACCCACUGCACUGAACAGCAGCUCCAGGGAAGUGGAUGUCGUGACGGAGGAGAUGUACGACAUCUCGGGGAUGGGCCCUGAGCUGACCAGGAGCCUCGAGGAGAUGGAGGACAUGCCAGAGAAGAUCUCUGAUGUCUUAGAGAUGGGCCCUGCACCAACCAGCAGCCCUGAGGAGAUGGUCAUCGUCUGCUCAGGCAGCCGGCGGGUGAGGCUGGCGGGCGGUGCCGGGCGCUGCGCCGGGCGGGUGGAGGUCUAUGCCGGUGGCACCUGGAGCAGCGUGUGCCAGGAGCGCUGGGACCUGCGGGCCGCCGCCGUUGUGUGCCGGGAGCUGGGCUGUGGCGCGGCACUGGAGGCCCCCGGCUCGGCGCGCUUCGGCCCCGGGCCGGGGACAGCGUGGCCGUACGUGGUUGAGUGCGCCGGGAGCGAGGAGUCUCUCUGGGAAUGCCCACGCUCGGAAGGGCGCGAGUGCGAGCGCGGGGCCGGGGCCGGGGCCGUCUGCUCAGCUGUCCCCAGCAGCAGCGGCCCUGCGGUGGCCAGGGGGACUGUGCCGGUGCCAAGCGGGCAGGUGGCCAGGGGGACUGUGCCGGUGGCGGUGGUGCUGUGCGUGGUCCUGGGGACGCUGCUGUGCCUGGCCCUGGGCGCCCUGGCCGUGCUGAUGUGCCGUGCCCGCGCUUGGCGCCGAGGCCCCGGCAGAGCCGUGGCUGCCAUCCCCGACGCCAUCUACGAGGAGCUGGACUACAGCGCAAUGCCGGAGUACCAGGAGGUGCCCAGUCGCCCAGGUUCCCCGCGGGAGGGCCCAGUGAAGAAGCUGCUGUAUUACACCGGGGACAGCGUGGAGGGGAGUGACAGCGGGGCAGCCCCAGACGGCUACGAUGAUGCCACAGCUGGAACCCUGGAUGGCUACGAUGAUGCCACAGCUGGAACCUCGGAUGGCUACGAUGAUGCCAUGGCUGUGCCAGAGGAGUCCCCCACUCCCAGCACUGGGGACAUCUCCGAGGGGGUGGCACAGAGGGGCUGGAUCUGUGUCCCACCCACAGGUGGGAGCUGCCCCACUCCAAGUCCCCCCGGAGCCACAGGGGACCCCCCGGGACAGCCCCCGGGGCACAUGGACUAUGAUGAUGUCGGCACCGGCGCCCUGAGGACGUCGCAGUGAGGAUGUCCUGGCCACGUCCCAUCCCUGGGGACACGUGUGCAGGGUGGGGUGCUCUGUGUCAUCAUCUCUGAUAAUGUCAUUUGGGGCACUCCGGUGUCACCGGGAGGGUGGUGUUGUGGUGGAGAAUAUGAGUGGGGAAUCAAGGGGGUCCGGUGCGUUCCCCCAAAAAGGGAGGGGACAGCCCAAAAAUGCCUAAAAAUCCAUAAGGAGGGGCUGUGUGUCUCUGUAAAAUACUAAAGCCUUUAAAGUUUGUUAUUUUAAAAUCUAUUGAUGAAUAAUAUCAAUUCAUAUGAAAACUGAUUUCAAAAUAAAACCCCAUACCUGUUAUAAUAUAUACAGGAUUUUGAGAUAUGAGAAAUUCCAAACGUGGAUCCACAGGGUUUGAAAAUUAAAAUAAAACUUUUGUACGAAUACAUUAAAUACUGAAGGGCUGGAAAAUGUGAGGCAGGCACUCGCUGUGCAGCAGCAGGGGCAGCUCGGUGUGUCGGGGGUUGUUCCUGUCCCCUCCCUGUCACCCCAGGGCGGUGGCACCGAGCGGGGAAGGAGCGGCCGGGCCGGGCUGGGGCCGGGGGGGUUCCCGGGGCACCCGGGACUUGUGGUCUCCCGUCUCUCCCGGGGGGGUAAAAUGAACAUUCUGAGGUAAAACCGAGGCAAAUAGUGAGGGACAUUCUGCAGGGGAAAAUCAAGGUUCUCCCAGCGGGACAGGAAGGGACAAUUCUGGGGUAAAACCUGAGCUGGGCAGGGGAGGUUUGGGGGUCAAACCUGAGUUCCUGUGCAGGGGGCAGAAGAGGGAAAAGCAGAGGCAAAUUGGGAGGGGGAGCAGAGGUGACAUUUUCCAUAGAAUUGCUGAGGCAAUUUGGAUGAAACAAAAUCACCUUUUUUGUGGGGUGAAUCCGGGGGUACCUUAGCGAGGAAAAAGGAGCCUUUCUGAGAGAAAGGCUGGGAACUCAGAGAUGACUGAGGCAGCAUUUUGGACAGAAAACCUGGAGUUCCAUAGAGGGGACAGAGGUGACCCUUUUAGCUGAAAACUGGGGGUAAUUUAGAGGGGACACGACCACUGUUUUAUGUAGGAAAGGGGGGGGUGAUGUAGAGGGGAGAGAGGUGGCAUUUCGGAGGGAGUGGCUGAGCUGGUUGGUGAUGGCCGAGAUGGACUGCCAGCUGCAGACUGAGCCUGGGGCCUGAAUCCUUUCCAGUCAGCAGGGGCUGUUCCCAAAUGCCACCAUAACUUGGUAAGAUUGUGUUCCUCCAAGCCAACCCCAGGUGCAGCUUUGGUGCUCCUGUGUGCACCUCUCGCCUUUGCCUCCUGAGACCAUCCCUGUGUUGCAGCUCAAUAAAGUCCAUUUUGGUGUUUAUUGGUUUUGA